AUGGCGCUCCGCGGGACCCUCCGGCCGCUCAAAGUUCGCAGGAGGCGAGAGAUGCUGCCGCAGCAAGUUGGCUUCGUGUGCGCGGUGCUGGCCCUGGUGUGCUGUGCGUCCGGCCUCUUCGGCAGCUUGGGGCACAAAACAGCUUCUGCUAGCAAACGUGUCCUGCCAGACACGUGGAGAAAUAGAAAGUUGAUGGCCCCAGUGAAUGGGACACAGACAGCCAAGAACUGCACAGAUCCUGCGAUUCACAAGUUCCCCACAGAUCUGUUCUCCAAUAAGGAGCGACAGCACAGAGCCGUCCUGCUGCACAUCCUUGGUGCUCUGUAUAUGUUCUAUGCCUUGGCCAUAGUGUGCGAUGACUUCUUUGUUCCGUCUCUAGAGAAGAUCUGUGAGAGACUCCAUCUGAGCAAAGAUGUGGCUGGAGCCACCUUCAUGGCUGCAGGAAGCUCAACGCCAGAGCUGUUUGCGUCUGUUAUUGGGGUGUUCAUCACCCACGGGGACGUCGGGGUGGGCACCAUCGUGGGCUCCACUGUGUUCAACAUCCUGUGCAUAAUUGGAGUGUGCGGACUGUUUGCUGGCCAGGUGGUCCGUCUGACGUGGUGGGCCGUGUGCUGAGACUCUGUGUACUACACUAUCUCUGUCAUCGUGCUCAUCGUGUUCAUAUAUGAUGAACAAAUUGUGUGGUGGGAAGGCCUGGUGCUCAUCAUCUUGUAUGUGUUUUAUAUUCUGAUCAUGAAGUACAAUGUGAAGAUGCAAGCCUUUUUCACAGUCAAACAAAAGAGCAUUGCAAACGGCAACCCAGUCAACAGUGAGCUGGAGGCUGGUAAUGAUUUCUAUGACGGUAGCUUUGAUGACCCUUCCGUGCCAUUGCUGGGGCAAGUGAAGGAGAAGCCACAGUAUGGCAAGAACCCCGUGGUGAUGGUGGACGAGAUCAUGAGCUCCAGCCCUCCCAAGUUCACCUUCCCUGAAGCAGGCUUACGAAUCAUGAUCACCAAUAAGUUUGGACCCAGGACCCGACUACGGAUGGCCAGCAGGAUCAUCAUUAAUGAGCAGCAGAGACUGAUCAACUCGGCCAAUGGUGUGAGCAGCAAGCCGCUUCAAAACGGGAGGCACGAGAACAUUGAGAACGGGAAUGUUCCUGUGGAAAACCCCGAAGACCCUCAGCAGAAUCAGGAGCAGCAGCCGCCGCCACAGCCACCACCGCCGGAGCCAGAGCCGGCGGAGGCUGACUUCCUGUCCCCCUUCUCCAUGCCGGAGGCCAGAGGGGACAAGGUCAAGUGGGUGUUCACCUGGCCCCUCAUCUUCCUCCUGUGUGUCACCAUUCCCAACUGCAGCAAGCCCCGCUGGGAGAAGUUCUUCAUGGUCACCUUCAUCACCGCCACGCUGUGGAUCGCUGUGUUCUCCUACAUCAUGGUGUGGCUGGUGACUAUUAUCGGAUACACACUUGGGAUCCCAGAUGUCAUCAUGGGCAUUACUUUCCUGGCAGGAGGGACAAGUGUUCCAGACUUCAUGGCCAGCUUAAUUGUGGCGAGACAAGGUAUGGAUUAUGCCCCAGCCCUCAUAGUCAUGCAGUGCAGGUCACUGUGUCCUCGUCCCUGCCUGGCUUACAGUUGACCAAGUUGUGGCUCUUAUGACUGGCAGUUGUCAAGUCCUGCUAUGGAGAAAAAAUGCGACAUCUAGAAAGCAUCAUUUAUUAGAUUCCAUCCACAGAGAGAAUGCUACCAAGAUGAACUCCUCCAGACCUCUAUC